AUAAAGGAUUCUCCGGGGAGAUUUUUGGACGCCACUAUUUCCGGGUACGGCGGAAGCUGCAAGUGUUUGGAGAAAAUCCGUCCGAAGAUGGAGACUUUAACUGCGGGACAUAUGAUGAGCUUAGCUGCUCUACAGAGACAAGACCCGUAUAUAAAUAAGCUGCUGGAUGUUACCGGUCAGGUAGCUCUCUACAACUUUAACUCCAAAGUGAACGAAUGGGAGAAGACUGAAAUCGAAGGAACACUAUUUGUCUAUUCGAGGUCUGCCUCACCUCACCAUGGCUUCACCAUCAUGAAUCGACUGAGUACAGAGAACCUCGUGGAGCCCAUAAACAAAGAUCUGGAGUUCCAGCUGCAGGAUCCCUUCCUGCUCUACAGGAAUGGCAACUUGGGUAUCUAUAGCAUUUGGUUCUACGACAAACGGGACUGUCACCGCAUCGCCCAACUGAUGGUCAAGAUUGUGAAACAAGAAGCGGACCACGCCCUGAGAAAAACCCCAGAGAGGGUCGAUCCAGGGAGAACCAAUGGAGUCGCAGAAUCCCGACCCAUCGACAUCCUGGAGCUGCUCAGCAAAGCCAAGGAGGAAUACCAGAGGGCCCAGAGUGGAGAAACGGAUGUGUCUGCAGAGUUGAAUGUGAAAACAAGCAUCAACAAGGCUCCAGAACCUGCACACAGUACACAUCCAGCUGAAAAGAGCUCUCACACCAUGGUGAAGCAGAUCACUGUCGAGGAGCUCUUUGGUUCUCCGCUCCCUAAAGAACAUUCUGCGCAGAACGCCGCCUCAUCCUCUUCCUCCGGCGACCUCCCUAACGUCUACGUCCAGAAUCAGCCGUAUCCCGCUGCAGCUCACCAGGCUCCUCUCCUCACCCAGCAGUUCUCAACCCACGACCCCGGCUCUCGCCAGCAGCCACACGGACCUGCUCACAUCCCCGCUCCCUAUGCACUCAAUCCCAGUCCUGUCUUCAAACACAUGGUCCCCAUGCCAGACCCCCAGCCUCACUGCUCCGUCUCCCCUCUGCUGAUGGCUCCAGCUGGGUCGGAGCAUCACAAUAACCUCACCGCACCCGCAGCACCUUCAGCUGCCUUUCUGGGACAGGACAUUGUUGGCUCUCUCAAGCCAGCAGCUUCGUCCGUGAAUUCUGGCAUCCACAAACCCAUCCUGGCUCCCAGCUUCCUGCCGAGCACGCUGGUCCCCCCUCACAGCUUCCAAGAGCCCAAGAAGGACGUUUUCUCUCAGCCUCCCAAACUGAUUGCGCCAAUGUCUGCUAUUCCUAUGAGCCCUGGUCUCGCUGUUCCAGGCUCAGAUGCUUCAGUGCUGCUCUCCCCAAGUGCUUUCCAGCAGACUACAAAUAAAACCACAACAGUACCGGUCAUCCCGUCCGCCCCUCUGGAUCCAUCCUCUGCUUCUGGAAGAGCUGCAGAGACUCUGCAGGCCCCCUGCAGUAAAACCCAGCUGCAGGAGACUUUGAUGCACCUCAUUAAGAAUGACUCGGACUUCCUCAGUGCCAUUCAUGACGCUUACCUGCAGAGCGUAUCCAAGGACUUCAGCAGCAUGAAGCUGUAGUCCGGCUUUAAGCGGACAGGAUUUCAGUGUUGAGGCCUCUUUCUGGCCAUGGAAGAGGACACAUGAUUUUGGGAGAAAACACAGGAUGAGCAGGCAGGUUUGUGACGCACGGCACACCACGUUGUCUUUUUUUGGCACUGGUUCAUGUGCCAAGGAUUGUUACAGGAAAGCCGCGCAAUCUAUCCCUGGAAUCUCCUGUUACCCUGGAUCAGUAACCAAGGCAACACGAAGGGGAGAAUAUUUCUUCUCUACGUCCUGCAGCCGUACUUUCCAAAUAUGGUGAAUCUGGUUAAACUAAUGGCCACUUUUUCAAGAAAUCCAAUUACAGGAAAGGGAAGAAUACAGUGGACGUUUAUUUACCAAAAAAUUAACUUUUUUUUUUUUUUUUUUAGAAUAAAUAUCUUUCCUUUUCUACCACGUUGAAGCAAAAAAAAAAAAAA